AUGCCGUCGGUCGUUGCAACUUCCGCUCCCCACCUCCGCGUGUCCGCCGCAAAGAGCCAGGGCGAGAAGCUCCCAUCAGACAGUAGCUCGUCGACAAGAAUUCCUCCUCCAGAACAAUCGGCAGUCGAAGAUCGUUUCUUUUGGACAUAUACCGAGGAGCCACAUCGCUCGAGACGGCAGGCUAUCAUCAAAGCUCAUCCGGAGGUACUCAAGCUCUGCGGCCCUGAGCCUCUCACCAAAUAUGUCGUUCUAGGCGUCGUUGCCCUUCAGAUCUGCUGUGCAUAUCUCCUUCGUGAUACGCCCUUCUUUUCAUGGCGCUUCUUCGCAACCGCAUACAUAAUCGGCGCAACCUCCAACCAGAAUCUAUUCCUCGCAAUCCAUGAGAUUUCCCAUAACCUGGCCUUCCGGUCCGCGAUGGCGAACCGGGUGCUGGCCAUCAUCGCCAACCUUCCGAUUGGCAUUCCAUACAGUGCCGCCUUUCGGCCAUAUCAUCUCACCCAUCACAAAUCUCUAGGCGUCGCAGGCCUCGACACCGAUCUCCCUACCGCCGUGGAAGCUUUCCUCCUCGAUUCCCUCCUGGGCAAGGCGUUCUUCUGCACCUUCCAAAUCCUCUUCUACGCCCUCCGGCCCAUGUUCGUCUACAGCCCGCCCUUCACCUCCAUCCACCUCCUCAACCUCAUCACCCAGCUCUCCUUCGACUACGUCCUUACCACCCUCUGCGGCGGUUCCCUCCAGCCCCUUCUCUACCUCGUCUUUAGCUCCUUCCUCGCCGGCUCUCUCCACCCCUGCGCUGGUCACUUCAUCGCCGAGCACUACUUCUUCUCCCGCGUCGAAAGCGGCGGCACCGAGUCCAUCCAGGAACAGAAGAAGAUGCACGCCGCCGGCACAUCCGAAACGCAGCGAGCCCCGCACCCGAUGGACUCCCUGCCGCCCCCGGAGACAUACUCCUACUACGGGCCCCUCAACAUCUUCACCUACAACGUGGGCCUGCACAACGAGCACCACGAUUUCCCCGCCAUCCCCUGGACCAGACUCCACGAGCUGCACCGCAUCGCGCGCGAUUUCUACGAGCCGCUCCCCUGCCACCGCAGCUGGGUCUGGGUCAUCUGGACCUUCAUUCUGGAUAAGAACGUGGGCAUGUGGUGCCGGGUCAAGAGGGCUCAGGGUGGCCGGCUGGUUGGCGGAGGUGGGAACGGACGCGCUGGCGAGGGCAUCUCUGCCGGAUCAGCGGGGGCUGAGGAAUCUGGGGAUGGGUGGAAAGAGAGUGAAAUUCAGAAUUGA